CGCCCUGAGCCGCGCGCUCGUCCGGAGUCGCCGACUGUUCGUCCUGAGCGGUUGGGUUAUCGUCCGGCGCCGCCGGCGACCCGGACGGUUUCUGCCGCUGAUCGGUCGGGGAUGCCUGCUGUGCCGGGGGCCGUCGUCAGCGCACCGGUGGAUCAUGCAGGUGAGAGACCGCAUGUGCGGCCUGGGGACCCAGCGGUAGCACUUCCUACUUGGCCUCACGAUUAUGACCCCACAGAACAGCAGCGAGCCGAGCAUGCUGCCGCUAUCACGGCGGCAUACCCUGGGGUCUUUGGUCAGUCGGGCACAUUGAGAGCGAUGGCAGGAUAUCAUCGCACCUGUGAACUACCCAACAGCGUGGUGUCACCCGAUUGUGCCCAUCGCAAAGAAGCCGUCGGGGGUCCGACUCUGUGUCGACUUGGUCCAGCUGAACAAUGGCCUGGCCCACGCAGCGCAGCCGUUGAGAGAUCUGCUGAAACCGAGGAACGUCUGGAGGUGGACGGAGCAGCAUGAAGCAGCGUUCGAGGAGGUGAAGGCGGCGCUGGUGUCGCCGCCCAUCCUCGCCUUCUUCGAUCCAGCUCUUCCGACAAAGCUGCAGACGGACGCCUCGCGGACGAAAGGCAUGGGCUUCGCUCUGCUACAGCGGCACGAUGACGAUUGGAGGCUGGUACAGUGCGGCUCCCGCUUCUUGACUGAUGCAGAAACAAGGUACGCCGUAUGCGAGCUCGAGAUGGGGGCCUGUGUAUGGGCGUGUCACAAGUGCAGGACGUAUCUGGCCGGUUUGCCGCAGUUCGAUAUAGUGGUGGAUCACCGCCCUCUAGUGCCGAUUUUGAACAGUAAGGGCCUAAACCAAAUUGAGAACCCGCGGCUUCAACGUAUGCGGGAGAAACUACUGGGGUAUAGCUUUCAAGCUAGUUGGCAGAAAGGUGCGUCUCAUCAGAUUCCGGACGCUUUGUCAAGAUCCCCUGUGGACCAGCCCACUCCGGAUGACGAAGUGGUUGAUGACUCACCUGAUCCUCUUCACGCAGCAGUCGUCAUCGGUCUGAGCAGUUUGACGGAGGGUGGCGUCCGGCUCGCACCUCUGCAGGACGACACGCUGGAGAAGAUCCGGGCGGCCUCUGUUCGGGAUCCGGAGUACGGAGCACUCAUGGACGUCAUCAAAUCCGGAUUCCCGGACCAUCGGCAGGAGCUGCGUCCUGAUCUGCGCGCAUAUUGGAGUGUUCGUUCUAUGCUCGCUAUCGAUGACGGUUUCAUCGUGUACGGUGCCCGUUUGCUCAUACCGCAGGGACUGCGCCGCGAGACACUACUGCGGCUGCAUGAUGGGCAUCAGGGAGUCGAGAGAACCAAGCGACGAGCCCGCCAAACCGUCUACUGGCCCGGGAUAGACAACGAUGUCGAGAAUGUCGUCUCCUCCUGCCCGAGGUGCCGUCAGCUACUGCCUAGUCAUCCCAGCGAGCCUCUGUGGCAGAACGACGCCCCACCGUCCCUGGUAUUUGAAUCGGUCUCAGCAGAUUACUUUCAUGUGGCUGGUCGCACAUAUUUGGUGUAUGUCGAUCGUUUGUCUGGAUGGCCGUAUGUCAGUUCGUGCCCGCGUGGAGCGGCGUCGGCGGAACACCUGACUAAAGCGUUGCGUUCGGUGUUCGCAGACACGGGAGUGCCAAAGCUUCUAAGAACGGACGGCGGGCCCCAGUUUACGUCUUCAACUGUACGGCGGUUCCUAGCGCGUUGGGGUGUGAGGCAUGAGCUGUCAUCACCCUAUCAUCCCAGGUCGAACGGGCACGCAGAGGCGGCGGUAAAGGCGGUGAAGCGGCUCAUCCUGACGGCAACGACGGGCGGUCAGCUGGAUGACGACGGGUUCGCCAGAGCGCUGCUGGAGCUGCGCAAUACUCCAAGAGCGGACGGUCGGUCGCCAGCACAAGUGCUGUUCGGCCACCCGCUGCGGUCGUCGAUCCCGGCUCAUCAUCGCUCGUUCGCGGCGGAGUGGCAGAGGGCAGCCGACGAGAGUGACAGGAAGGCGGAGGAGCUACGGAGGCAGGCGAAGGAGCGGUACGACAGAACGGCACGCCCCCUCUCAGCAUUGCAAGUCGGGACUCACGUGGACGUGCAGGAUACUGCAAGCGGGCGCUGGGACCGGCUGGGGGUCGUCGUCGGAGUCGGCGCUAGGCGUAGCUGAUUGGAAAUCAGAUUCCCUUUGGGAGCGUAGGUUCGGGUCCUACCGACCGCGCCAUGUGAUGCUCUCGCGCGCUGCCGCUCGACACACAGAUGUCCUGCACCGACGUCUAUAUUGCACUCCAGCGGAGCCGCACCCCGGCCGCGUCCCCGACACCGACUGACCCUCGCCGGGUCAGCGCGCGCGCGCAGGCCGCGCACGCGCAGUCCGCGCGGGGCCGCGCCCCGACACAAAAGGACGCGGGAAUGACGACACAGUCUGACAUCCACACAGCUUUCAGUCGUGAUACCGUAUGAACCUACAUCAGCAGAAGCAAACGGCAAGCGCAGCUGGGGAUGCCUAUCCGGAUUUAUCCAGUUCGCCCGACAAACAGCCCCCGGCCGCCUGCAGGCAACAAAC